AUGGGUUGUGAAGAUAAUGGUGGUAAUGGAAAAGCCAAUAAUUGUAAAUUCAACGAUGUUAAAUGGUCGUCGAUUUCAUCCUCUGUCGGUAUUGGUGAAGGUGAAAUUGUUGCCGUUGCCAUGGCACAAUCCAAUAUUCUACAAGCCACUUCAUUUCUAGUUGAGCCUGAUCAACAAUCUACCAUUGACACACUCGUUAAAAAUACUAGUUACUACUCUACUGACACUGACACUGAUGAUACUGAAAACAUCAACAUUAACACUAUUGCUAAUUUUAAUUCUGAUAUUAAUAAUGCAAAUAUGGAUAUCACUGAUAAUUCAGAAACCUUUGCCAUCAAUGACAUCUUCAGUAACGAUAAUAUUGUUAAUAGAAAUAAUUUUGAAAAGAAAAAAGAAGUUACCGAAUAUGCAAAGAAACAUGGUAGAAAUUCUGCUGCGCGUCAUUUUAAAAUUGAUCGAACAAUGAUCGGAAGAUGGGUUAAAGCAAGUAAUAAAUGGGAUGAUAAAGUGAGUAACAAUUCUAAACGUAUUGGCUCAGGUCAAAAAGCGCAUUAUCCUGAUGCUGAGAAACAACUUUAUGCUUGGAUUUGUGAUCAAAAAGAUCAAGCUACAAAAUUGACUCAUGCAAAAAUUCAAGCAAAGAUGCACGAAAUAUUAAAACAAAGUGAAAUGGAAAAAAAAUAUCCAAAUGCUUUAAAUAAUUUUAAAGGUAGUGCUCGUUGGGUAAUGGGUUUUCUAAAACGAAAUAAUCUUCCAAUAUGCAGAAAAUCUAAAUUUCAAAAGGCACGUACUAAGGUUGCUGCUGAAAGUUUCAACAACUUUCGUAAAAAUGUAGUCCAACUGAGACUUCAAUACGAUUUUAUUACUGCUAAUAUGUUUAAUAUGGAUAAAGUUCCUGUGUGGUUUGAUGAAUCUGGAAACAUGGUGAUUAAUAGUAGACGUAAAAGAAUUACUCAUAAUGAUACUAUAGGAACACAAAUGCCACCUGGAGAAACUGUCCCUAAUGGAGUUCUUGUUUGGUUUCAAGAGAAUGGAGUAUUGACUACUGAACAUCUGAAAAAUUAUGUUGAUAUUCUUCAUUGUAUGAGAAUGGUUAAAGACAGUAAUGCGCCAGCUUUAUUUGUACAUAAUUCGUAUAAUGGUCGAUUGGAAGACUCUGUAAUUUCGAAAUUUCAAUGUAACAAUUUUCAAGUUGCGGUAAUUCCUGAAGGAUUGACUGGAGUAUGUCAACCUCUUAACGUCAUUGUCUUGAGAUCAUUCAAAGAAAAUUUACGUAAAGAAUGGCAAAAUUGGAAAAAUGCUAGUCCUCCUAUCAAUUUACAAGCUAAAAUAACCGAAGUUUGUGGUUGGGUGAAAAAUGCAUGGGAUGAAGUUUCUUCUACCCAUAUUGUAAAUGCAUUUAAAAGAUGUUUGAUCUCUAAUCCUCUUGAUGGUGCUGAAAAUGAUAAAAUAUUUGAAGAGUUGGAUAUCUUAAAUCCAAAUGAUUCUGAUCAUGGUGGAUCUCACAAAGCAACAACUAGCAAUCCCAAUGAUUCUGAUGGUUCGCAAGAUGCAUCAGAAUAUUAUUUAGAACGUCAUUAA